AUGGCGUAUGAUCGAUAUGUCGCCAUUUGCCAACCACUGCACUUUGAGAGAGUGAUGAACAGGAGAGCUUGUGUCCAAAUGGCAGCCAGUGUCUGGAUCAGUGGUAUUCUUUACUCUGCCCUGCACACUGGGAACUCGUUUGUAAUAUCCUUCUGUGAAGGUAACAGAGUGGAUCAGUUCUUCUGUGACAUCCCCCAGCCACUCAAGCUUGCCUGCUCUGACUCAGAUGUCAAUGAAAGUGGUGUUAUUGCCUUUAGUGCAUGCUUAGUCUUAAACUGCUUUGUUUUAAUAAUUGUGUCAUAUGUUCAGAUCUUCAAAACUGUGCUGAGAAUUCCCUGUGAGCACGGCCGGCAUAAGGCUUUCUCCACCUGCCUUCCUCACGUUACAGUUGUCUCUUUGUUUAUUUUCUCUGGCAUCUUUGCCUAUCUGAAACCCAACUCCAGCUCAGCAUCAGGUCUGGAUCUCGUGGUGGAUGUUUUCUAUUCCGUGGUGCCUCCAAUGAUGAAUCCGAUCAUCUACAGCAUGAGGAACAAGGAGAUCAAAGCUGCCCUGAGGAAAUUGAUUGGGCAGAGGUUAUUCAUGAUCAACAAAAUGUUCAUCUUUCUCCUUUGA